UAGGGACUUUGCCCUUGACCCAAAGGUAUAAAGAGAAGGUCCCAGCUUCUCCUCAGGCUCCUAGGGCUUCCCUGAGCUGCUGGGCAGGAGCUGAAACACAGAACACUAAGGCUCACAGCGUGCACCUGAGAUGAUGUCCUAUGGAGAGAAGCUGGGGGGCCGGGCUGUCUCCCCACUCCCAGUUCGUGGGGGGCACAUGAUGCAUGGAGCGGCCUUUGCCUAUGUGCCUAGCCCACAGGUCUUGCACAGGAUUCCAGGGACCUCAGCCUACGGCUUCCCCAGCGUGGGCCCUGUGGCCCUCCCAGAGCGUGGCUGCCCCUACGGGGAGGUUGUGGAGCGCCACGACCCACUGCCUGCCAAGCUGGCCCUGGAGGAUGAGCGGAAGCCAGAACCUGGACUGGCCCAGAAACUGCACCGGGCUGGCGUGACACUCCUCAAGGUUCCGCUGAUGCUUUCCUUCCUCUAUCUCUUCGUCUGCUCCCUGGAUGUGCUCAGCUCGGCUUUCCAGCUGGCUGGAGGGAAGGUGGCGGGCGACAUCUUCAAGGACAACGCCAUCCUGUCCAACCCGGUGGCGGGCCUGGUGGUGGGGAUCCUGGUGACUGUGCUGGUACAGAGCUCCAGCACCUCCACGUCCAUUGUGGUCAGCAUGGUUUCCUCUGGCUUGCUGGAGGUGAGCUCUGCCAUCCCCAUCAUCAUGGGCUCCAACAUCGGCACCUCUGUCACCAACACCAUCGUGGCUCUGAUGCAGGCGGGGGACAGAACUGACUUCCGGCGGGCUUUCGCGGGGGCCACCAUACACGACUGCUUUAACUGGUUGUCAGUUCUGGUGCUGCUGCCCCUGGAGGCUGCCACAGGGUACCUGCACCACAUCACUCGACUUGUGGUGGCCUCCUUCAACAUUCGCGGCGGCCGCGAUGCCCCUGACCUGCUCAAGAUCAUCACAGAGCCCUUCACUAAGCUCAUCAUCCAGCUGGACAAGUCUGUGAUUACCAGCCUUGCCUCCGGGGACGAGUCCCUGAGAAAUCACAGCCUCAUCCGUGUCUGGUGUCACCCAGAUCCCACAGAGGUUCCCACUCCUAUGCCCAGGGCAGAGGCCAACACCAGCCGGAUGGUCAGAAAUGCCACCCUGGAGAAGUGCAACCACAUCUUUGUGGACACGGGGCUGCCUGACCUGGCUGUGGGGCUCAUCCUGCUGGCUGGCUCCCUGGCCCUCCUGUGCACCUGUCUCAUCCUCCUUGUCAAGAUGCUCAACUCUCUGCUCAAGGGCCAGGUGGCCAAGGUCAUUCAGAAGGUCAUCAACACUGACUUUCCCAGCCCCUUCACCUGGGCCACAGGCUACUUUGCCAUGGUGGUAGGGGCCAGCAUGACCUUUGUCGUCCAGAGCAGCUCUGUGUUCACCUCAGCCAUCACCCCACUCAUCGGCCUCGGUGUGAUCAGCAUUGAGCGCGCCUACCCGCUCACCCUGGGCUCCAACAUCGGUACCACCACCACGGCCAUACUGGCUGCCCUGGCCAGCCCCCGGGAGAAGCUGUCCAGCGCUUUCCAGAUUGCCCUCUGCCACUUCUUCUUCAACAUCUCUGGCAUCCUGCUGUGGUACCCCGUGCCCUGCACGCGCCUGCCUAUCCGCAUGGCCAAGGCUUUGGGCAAACGCACGGCCAAGUAUCGCUGGUUCGCCGUCCUCUACCUCCUCCUGUGCUUCCUGCUGCUGCCCUCGAUGGUGUUUGGGCUCUCCAUGGCAGGCUGGCGGGCAAUGGUAGGUGUGGGCGCACCCUUCGGGGCCCUGCUGGCCUUCGUGGUGCUUGUCAGCGCGCUGCAGAGUCGCAGCCCGGGGUGCCUGCCCAAGUGGCUGCAGACGUGGGACUUCCUGCCCCCAUGGAUGCACUCCCUGAAGCCCCUGGACCGCCUCAUCACCCGCGCCACCUUGUGCUGCGCCAGGCCCGAGCCCCGCUCACCCCCACUGCCCGCCAGGGUCUUCCUGGAGGAACUUCCCCCUGCCACACCCUCCCCCCGCCUUGCCAUGCCCCAUCACCACAACGCCACCCGUCUCUAGGCUCCAGCCCAGAUGGCUGCCUGGAGCCAGAAGGGGCCUGUGUCUGAGAUGCCCAGGGUGCAAGGGCAGAGGGGUGUGUCUGGGCAUGCGCCAGUGCUUGUAUAGGUCCUGGGAGGUCUCGGCUGGUGCGGCUGAGAGUGUGUAUGUGCACAUGUGGGGGCCGCAUGCCAACUGCAAGGUAUCUGGGUAUGAUUGUGAGUCCUUUGCAUAUGUAUUUGGAAGCCUGAACUUGUGUCCCUGUGUACACGCAACUCUGACUGGGCUGGGUGGGAGUAAGGGUGAGUCCUUGUAUGUGACCUACAGCUGUUUGCUGGGGCAUAGAUGUGGGUGCCUGAGUCACUGCCUGAAUUCUCACCCCCUCCCUGCCACCUUCCUUCCUCCAUGAUACCAUUCUCCUCAUCCUCACCCAGGGUUCCUGCAUCUCCACUACAAGCCCCUUCCUAACACUGCCUCAUUAAAAAGAAAAGAAAGAAAUGAAA